AUACAGGCACGAAUCAGCUUUCGUCUUCCGUCAACGUCUUGCUCAGCCCCGCCAUGAAUUCCCUGUACACCCUCGGUGUUCGCCAGACAAACUCACUCCACGCUGACCUCGAGCGUCUACGCAAUGGCGACAAUUCAGUCUCUUUACUAGGGCAGAUAUCAGCUUCGCUGGCUGCUAUGCAGCGGACAGUGGAUGACUAUGACUCCAUGGCGAAGCGUGAAAUCAUAAAGGCGAAGCAGGAGAAGGCACAAAUGCGAGUACAUAAAUUCAGGUCAGAUUACUCGGACCUGAAAAGCCAGUUUGAGCGUGUCAAGGCGGAGAAAGCGGCGUCACAGCGAAAUGAACUUCUCCAGAGUUCGUCAAGUCUAUUGUCGCCUAACUCUGACACGCGACGGCGCUUCACCCCUAAUGCCUUGAAUGACCCAUCAACUUCACAACACUCCGAAUCACCGUUCCGAAUGCCAACACCCCUACCUCAUUCAACGCUGCGGGAAGGUCAUGCGUUGGACGAACACACGUUCAUUCAAAACACCGAAGCAAGAAUUGAUGACUUUUUGGCGCAAGGGAGAGAAGUUCUGGACAACCUCGUGGAUCAAAGAAACAUGAUGAAAGGAACACAGAGGCGGCUGCUCGAUGCUGCCAACACCCUAGGGUUCAGUCGCGACGUUAUUGGUUGGAUUGAAAGACGAAGCACACAGGACAUGUACAUUUUCGUUGGAGGCGCUAUUUUUACGUUUAUUUGUUUCUUCUUGAUAUUGAGAUAUCUGGGUUGACCCUUGCUAUGCUGGACACUUUAUUGUAUCGUUUGUAGCUGCUUAUUCAUUUCCCCCGCCGUGU